AAACUAUUUGAAUUAUAUCUCAAUUAUGUCUGUACAAGCCCUACUUAGCGAAGUUCGUCCAAAUAUGGAAAUUUUCCAGGCAAUUAAAGCGGCUGACCAACUUUUUUACAAAGACAGAGUUCAUUAUGUGGAUCUUAAACCUAUUUUUACUUCUAAAAAGGAAGGAAAAAUUGAAGGAAUCGUUCAAGCUGACAAUGAGCACAAGGAUAACUUGACGAAACCAGACAAAAAAUCUGUUGGAAAUGUUCAAGCAAAGGAAAGCGGCAAGAAAGAGAAGGUAAAAGUCAAAACUGCAAUGGACAAAAUAGAAAAUGGGAAUGUUAAGAAAGAAAAAAUUGAUGUUCAGAAUGUUAAAAAGGAAAAGGCUGACAUCCAAAUUGCUAAAAAGCAAAAAGAAAACUUUUCUGCCAAUUCUGGAAAUGCCACAAGUAAACUCCAACAAGUCAUCCAUCAGGCCCAAAAGACUAUUGAAAAGGCUCUUAACACUGGAAGCAAUUCUUCUGUUUCGAUUAUGGAGCCUCCUAGUUCUGCGACUGAUGAGCUGAAACGUUUGCGUACGGAGAAUGCUGUUCUCUGCAAAAAAUUGGAAAUCCAGGAGAAAACAAUUAAUAGAUUGGAGAAAAUAACUCAAAAAUUGCUUCAAAAGUCUGGUAUGACGGAGGCUGAUCUUUCUGAUUGA